CUGAUCGCCACAGAAUAAUAAUCUCUCACGGUGCAUGUACACUGUCUGAAAACACUCCAGUUCCUUUGCCUGCUCUGGUCGAAUUAAGAAAUGAUGAGGGCGACAGACGCACCCCCGCUUCACAGCGACCUGCCAGAAACGGUUAGGAGCCUGGAUCGUUCUUCACUUUACAAAUACUCUGUGCCCGAAAGCCCGCAACCCCAUUCGACUGUCUACGCUCUCCAUACCGUCGAUGAGACAUUGGAAUCACCACCUGCAUCUAGCAAGAUCGAACAGUCUCAAUUCCAGCAUAGGCGCUGGUCGUUGCUUCUGCUUCUCGGAUUGAUUUUGAUGACAAUCGCUGGAGUAGCCGGAGGAUUCAUUGGAAAGACGAUAGAGCGCAACAGCUCCAAGGGAACCACUUCGCUUGAAAGUGCAUCAGCAUCAGUACCAGCUUUAUCCUCGUCAUCCGCAUCGUCAGCAUCCCUUGCUACGCCCACACCCUCUAGCACUGCAGAAAGAGACGCUUCAGGCGUCUUCGAACGCACAAUUGUGCAGCCAUCUUCGGGCUGCAGCUCCGCAGACCCGUACCGCUCUUUCAAAGCCCGGUCUUUCAUGCUCAACAUUCCAUACACGACUGUCUGCGGCCAAGGCUGGCUAUCCUACGACCUCAUUUCGAUGUCUGUAGCGACACAGUCAGACUGCAUAGAAUCCUGUUCCCAGUACAACUCCAUCAAGGAAACUGGCGAUCGAUCGUGUGUCGGGGCUGGCUUUAUCCCGGCAUGGUGGAAUCAGACGCUGGCCAUGGUGGAGAGCGGAAUCACGCCAUACAAUUGCUUCCUCAAGACAAAUACCAGUGGUAUCGCACGGAACAAUCAGAAGUUUGAGGUCAUCGCAAUAUGUAUGGAGGGUAUGUGCGACAACAUCGUCGGCUGAGAGAUGGCCUAGUAGGGACUAUGUUGUAGACUUAAACAACGUGCAGGUACGCCUUACCAGUAAUGUUGUUGCGGUAUCAAGGGCAAAUAUAUAAACGAGUGUAUUGUGUUCUUCCGUGUUGUUGUCCUGCUUGUAUCUUUGCUCUCCAAGGCUCGCUGCGGGGUCUGUUUUGAUAACGUG